CGUCGAAGAAAGCGUCCGGUGCAGCGCGGGAAGCCCCCGUACUCCUACAUCGCCCUGAUCGCCAUGGCCAUCGCCAACGCAGCGGAGCGGCGGCUGACGCUGGGUGGCAUCUACAAGUUCAUCACCGAGCGCUUCCCCUUCUACCGCGAGAACCCCAAAAAGUGGCAGAACUCCAUCCGCCACAACUUGACGCUCAACGACUGCUUCGUCAAGAUCCCCCGCGAGCCGGGCCACCCGGGCAAGGGCAACUACUGGACCCUGGACCCGGCAGCCGAGGACAUGUUCGACAACGGCAGCUUCUUGCGCCGCAGGAAGCGCUUUAAGCGCACCGACCUCACCACCUACCCGGGCUACAUGCCCAGCGCCAGCGCUUUUACCCCCAACGCGGCUACGGUCGGGAGGCCCGGUCCUUGCGGUGGCUCCGGAGCUUUAGGUUACCCGGGUGGCGGCGAUCCCGUCUAUUCGCCCGUCCGCGCCUACAGCCCGCAGCUCUCCGCCCUUCCCCAAUACCCGGGGGCGCCGCCUGCGCUGCCCUCGCGAAUGUUCAGCAUCGACAGCCUGAUCAGUUCCAAACAGCAGCAGCAACAGCAGCAGCAACAACAGCAACACCACCAAGCAGCUGCUCUGCAGGCCUCCUCGGCGAUGGGGAUGGACCUGGGUCCUUACCAUUCCUUGGGCCUGAACGGCAUGGGCGAUCUGGGCCCCUGCCCGAUGGGCAACCCGACGGAGACCUAUUUCCAGGCGCAGCAAGUGAGUCCCGGCUUAAUGGGUCGGCAGCCCGCAGCCCCGACCUACCCCUACGCCGCCUCUCCAUCAGGCCACCUAGCGGUGCCUCCCGGCGCCUAUUCCCCUCCCCACUCGCAGCUGUACGGAGCCCCCAGCAGGCUGGUUGUGCAACCCGGCCGCCCUGCCUCUUCCUGCCCAGAACACGCGGAGCAGCUGGUGGGCCUCGCGGCCUCGCAGCUCAAUGGGCUCGGCCAGUUUGGAGCCGCCGCCGCCGGCAGUGCUUACCUGAGACAGUCAAAUUUUUCCUCUGGCCUGGAGAAAUAUUUGUAA